UAUUGGGUGGGAGACCGCGGCCCAGGUCAAUGUAAAAAUUGGAUCGGAAGCACCAACCAAUCCCCCACCCCAUCAGUCUACCGAAACCCUCCAGAAGAACUCUGAGCCAGAUGGAUCCCCGAAACCCCCUCCUCCUCCUCUUCCUCGCUAUCCCCGCCCUCAUCUCCCUCUCCUUCGCCACCUCCCCCAGCGCCGACGACCUGGUGGCGGAGCUGGAGACCCUCCGGGCCCAGUCCCCUUCCGGUGUCAUCCACCUCGACGACCGCGCUGUCUCCCGCUUCCUCACCUCCACCCCCGUCCCCCGCCCCUACUCCCUCAUCAUAUUCUUCGACGCCUCCCAGCUCCGCUCCAAGCCCGACCUCCACCUCACCCAACUCCGCUCCGAGUUCGCCCUCGUCUCAUCCUCCUUCACCGACCACCACGCCUCCUCACCCGCCGCCUCCCUUCGCGUCUUCUUCUGCGACAUCGAGUUCCAAGAAUCCCAGGCCUCCUUUUCCCUCUUCGGCGUCACCGCCCUCCCCCACGUCCGCUAUGUCGGUCCCCACCACCACUCCCCCCGCGACUCCGAAUCCAUGGACCAGUCCGGCUUCUCUCGCCUCGCCGAGUCCAUGGCCGAGUUCGUCGAGGCCAAGACCAAGCUCCCCGUCGGCCCCAUCGUCCGCCCUCCCCCGAUUUCCCCUCGACAAAUCGCCUUCUUGGCCGUCGCCCUCCUGAUCUCGGCGCCGUUCCUGAUCAAGAGGAUCCUCGAGGGGGACACGAUGCUACACGACCGCCGGUUCUGGAUGGCACUCGCCGUGUUCGUCUACUUCUUCAGCGUCGCCGGCACGAUGCACAACAUAAUCCGCAAGAUGCCGAUGUUCUUGCAGGACCGCAACGAUCCAGAUCGGCUCAUCUUCUUCUACCAGGGCUCGGGGAUGCAGCUCGGUGCGGAGGGGUUCGCGGUGGGGUUUCUCUACACAAUCGUCGGGCUGAUCGUGGCGUUCGCGACACAUGUGCUGGUGAGGCUGAGGAACACGACGGCGCAGAGGGGGGUCAUGCUGGUGGUGAUGCUGGUGGCUUUCUGGGCGGUGAAGAAGGUGAUCCAUUUGGAUAAUUGGAAGACCGGGUACAGCGUGCAUGCCUUCUGGCCGACCAGCUGGAGGUGAUGAAGAUCUGGAGGUUUGAGAGGUUUGGAUUUCUCCUUAUAGCUCCAGAAUACUAAGUUCAUUUUGAUUUGGGUUCUUUUCCUCUUCUUUUUUAAUUUUGCUUGGAAUGUUGCAAGCUUAGAUCUAGGUCUUUUCUAAUUUGCUUGGAAUAUUGCAAGUUUAGAUUUAGGUCUUCACUAAUGUGGUUAUGAAGUCAAUCACAACCUCAUAUCCUGAGGUUAGUAUGAAAAAUAAUGAUUCCAUGCAUCGUUCAUA